CCCAAAAAGCAACCAGCCGGUUCCCCGAAAUCGAUCAUUACGAUUUACGAAGCUCGUACCCGUUAAGGAUGCGCCGUCGUCAACCCAGCCCGUCGUACGGUAGGGUUUCGAAUCAGGAUUGACGAUCGCUCGCCCGCUCGCCCUGCUUCAUCUUCUUCGGAACAAGGGACAGAGCUGUUGAGUGGUUAUUCAUUGCAAAAUGAAGCCUAUCUUUUGUGGAAACCUGGAUUUUGAUGCUCGAGAGUCAGAUGUGGAACGGCUAUUUCGAAAAUAUGGAAGGGUUGAAAGAGUUGAUUUGAAAUCAGGGAAUCAUUCCGAUCUGCUAUGCUCCUACCAUCACACACUUUCCUCAGACCACUGCCCCUAGCAUUCCUCAUGAAUUUGCUCAAUCAUGUCCAUUUCUGACUUGUUUCAGCAUAAAUAGCUUGAGCAUCUUGGAUCCUGUUGCAGCUCUUGAGUUAAUCCAGAAUUUUCAUUUUCCUCUUCUCCUCUCUACCCUCCGAUCAUUGAGAGUUUUAGGGGUUUUGCGUUUAUCUAUAUGGAAGAUGAACGCGAUGCUGAAGAUGCAAUUAGAAGACUUGACAGGAUUGAGUUUGGUAGAAAGCGGCGAAGACUAAGUGUGGAGUGGAGCAAGCAAGAACGUGGUUCUAGGAAGCCUGACAGGAAUGAAAGGAGAUCAUCAGCUCGACCUUCAAAAACAUUGUUUGUGAUCAACUUUGACCCUGCCACACGGACUAGGGACCUAGAGAGGCAUUUUGAACCGUAUGGGAAGCUACUGAAUGUCAGGAUUAGGAGGAAUUUUGCUUUUAUUCAAUAUGAAUCUGAAGAUGAUGCCAUUAGGGCGCUGGAGGCGACACAUUUGAGCACAUUAAUGGACCAAGAAAUAUCGGUCGAAUUUGCAAUUCGAGAUGAUGAUAACAGAAGAAACGGUUACAGUCCAGAUAGAAGAGGGCAUGACUUCUCCCCUGACAGAAGAGGAUAUGAUCGCAGACGUUCCCCAAGUCCAUAUCGUAGGGACAGGGGUAGCCCUGAUUAUGGACAAGGAUCUAUUCCAAUUUCCAGGAAACCAAUCCCACCACCCAGGGAAAGUCCUGAGGCUGGAGAGUUGCAGCGAAGCCCUGGGAAUGACAGAUACCGCAGCCGUUCGCGUGAGAGAUCUCGGACAUGAGAAGAAGAAGGAACAUGGGUGUGAUGGGGUCCGCAUUUGGUGAGGAGAAGCAUUCUCUUGACUUUAUCUCCUCUAACGCUCACAGUAUCCGUCUUCAAGUUGUAAUUUUCCUUGAUCAUUACCCAUAUUGGACUCCAAUAUUUUUCCGGUAAAGAUAUCGCAUGCGUGUUGUAGUUGCAUUUCUCCAUUGAAUAUGAAAAUUCAUCGAAUCCCCUCAAACUUUUGAUAUUUCAACUGUUGUCGUCUAGCUCUACCGUUCUAGUAGGCCUAUGUCGGUUUAUAUGUGUACCUUAACCCUCUUGACAUUUAAACACUUGAGUUUUCUUUUUGUCUUCUAUUAUGAAAUCGUAUUGUAGCCCUUCUUUUUUUAGCUACACUAUUCCAAGUGGCUCUCAAAAAUUUGUGACUAGAGGUGCUCUGUAGUAUGACAAAUUAGGAGUGAAAUAUGUCUAUGGUACAGUUUGGACCAAAAAGGCAAAUAUCGAGUACGAACAAAAGAGAACAAAAGAAUAUUGACAAG